CGUCUUCUGUGAAAAAACCCUAAGCAGCACAUCGGAGAGCUUAUCUGAGUUUUGCAUUGUAGGAUUUCGAACUGUCUCUAAUGGCUCCAGCUAAAGAUGUAGCUAAAAAAGGUGACCCCAAAGCCCAAGCCGUCAAGGCUGCCAAGGCUGUGAAAUCGGGAUCAACCUUUAAGAAGACGUCAAAAAAGAUACGAACAAAAGUUACAUUUCAUCGACCUAAGACAUUGAAGAAGGACAGAAAUCCCAAGUAUCCCAGGAUUAGUGCACCUGGAAGGAACAGACUUGAUCAGUACCAGAUUCUUAAAUGUCCUCUCACCACUGAGUCUGCAAUGAAGAAAAUUGAGGACAAUAAUACACUUGUAUUUAUUGUUGAUAUUCAUGCUGACAAAAAGAAGAUUAAGGAUGCGGUGAAGAAAAUGUAUGACAUCCAGAUAAAGAAAGUCAAUACGUUGAUCAGGCCUGACGGAACAAAGAAGGCCUACGUGAGGUUGACACCAGACUAUGAUGCUUUGGAUGUGGCAAACAAAAUUGGAAUUAUCUAAACACGUUAAAUGGUUUGUGUUUUCUGAGUAUGAGAAUUUAGAAUUUCUGAACUGAAUCGCCCAAAUAUUAUUCAAUUUUGACAGUUGAAUUACAAAAUGAUGUACUGUUCCAUAUAAAAAUUUCAAACUUGUAUUAUUUA